GAAAUGUAUAAAAAAGUCAACGAAACGUUUGAAGAACUGAACCAUAGGCGUAACUUACUUGAGGAUAUUUUCAAAUGUUUAUCCACAAACCGUGGUGGACACCAAAAAAGCAAAUCUCAAAAAUUUCAAGUAUUAACUGCGAUUGAAGAAAUGGAAAAGUGGGCGCUAGUGUUUAUUGGAUGUAAUAAACGAGAAGGAUGA